AUGCCAAUAUGGUCGUGCUCUCGUCUUCUACUGGUUAGAGGCCUAUUGGAGUACGCACUUAGAUACUGGUAUGUGCUGACUCCUACAGACGCACCCGCUCAAUGCGGUGAGACUGAUGCAUACGUUCUCAUGGUUGGCACCGAGCUCAUUUCUCGUUCUAUGUGCACUCAUGCAUUAGUAUAUACGAUUGUAUAUCAGCAUUACUGGAUAUGCCAACAAGGUCAAAGGCGUGUGCCAAUGAAUGGAGCCGAUAUGAUCAAUAAAUUGCACAUUAAAUUUUUCCCCAAGGCCGCAUAA